ACUCCCAAUGGGACAAUUGUCGGUUUGAGACCGAUGUUCAAUCACAGCACGAGUUUGUAGCUGUCCACACAGUUUUGCCCUUUUGCAUUUCAUAACAAUCCAUUCAUCCCAUCCCAGUCCAUUCUUGCCAAAUUUGAGGCCGCCAGUCCUACAUUCUUAAAACGGAUCUUAAUAAUUGAGCCACCUUUGCUACAUUUAGAGUCACGCCAUGUUGCCGGACAGUGAGCAAGAAAAGGUCCUAGAAACGUUUCGCAGAGAGCUGUUCGAAGAAGGUAUCCUCCAGGAAGGGGACUCCAUCGGGACAGAUGACGGAACACUAUUACGUUUCCUUCGAGCGCGUAAGUUUGACCUUCGCGAGUCCAAGAAGAUGAUCAAAAACUGUCAGCAUUGGCGAAAGACUGUCUCGGGUAUAGGUAUAGAUGAGCUAUACAAACAAAUCGAUCCGUUCGAUUACCCGGGACGUGAAGAAGUAUUCAAAUCUUGGUCGAUGUAUUUCCAUAAGACAGACAAAAAAGGUCGCCCCCUGAAUAUUCAGUUCUUUGGUGGUUUAAAUUUACCAGAACUCUACAAGCAUAUUACUCCCAAGAAACACUGGGAAGCCAUAGUGGUUAAUGCUGACUCUCUGCCUCGCGAAAUCUUACCAGCUGCCUCACAUGCCGCGGGUCGGCCCAUAGAAACCUCAUUUGUGGUUGUAGAUCUGAAAGGAUUCGGCCUCUCACAGUUUUGGCAAGUCAAGUCCCUAGCGCGAGACUCAUUCCAAAUAUCGCAAGAUUACUUUCCUGAGACGAUGGGUCAGCUUGCCAUUGUCAAUGCACCAUCGUCUUUCACCUUCAUCUGGUCAAUGAUCAAACCAUGGCUUUCAAAAGAGACUGUAGAUAAGGUGGAGGUAUUGGGAUCAGACUACCAGAAGGUGUUGCUGGAUCUCGUUGAUGCUGAGAACCUGCCAGAGACAUUAGGCGGCAAAUGUCGGUGCGAGUAUGAGGGUGGAUGUGACUUCAGCGGUGCUGGACCAUGGAUGGAUGAAAGGAAGAAGAAGCUGGAAGAGGAAGCGAAGGUAAAUAGUGAAUCCUUAGUGAAUGGCGACGCGAAAGUGGAGGAGAAUGGCUUAAGCACGCCGUCAGAGCUAUCAUCUCAUGCUUCUGUGAUAUCUGAUAACGCGAAGCACGAACCAAUAAUCGUUGACAAUGUCGAUGGGAAGGCUAUCGCUGAUUCUACCCCAGUAACGUCUGAGGUUCUUGUAUAAUAAUGUGUUAUGCUAGGCUGUAUUUCUUGGAAUCUAAACCCGAUGCUUUUUUCCGUCGUGCCAAA